UGGUUCAUCUUCAACAGACAUAAUCGUCCCUGCAACAGUUCGCCACUUAUCUGUGACUACCAGCUGCCUAGCUAAGCUCAAACCAGAGAGAGCAAAGAAAUCUGGCCAUGAAUUCACAGCUGUUUGUCUUCACAGACAAGGAAGCUCCUUCCUCGCCUUGGAGUGACAUUUGUGAGGCAAACAGAACACUCAGAAAGUUCAAGCGCGUCAAGGUACUGGAUUUGACGGAUACCCACAUAACUCGGCUGCCUGAUAGUGUCGGUGAGCUCAAACAUCUGCGAUACCUAGGUUUUCCUAACACCGUGGAGCAGCCUCGUGCUGAUGGCAAUAAGAUCACCAAGCUACUACUCCUUGAGACAGUGUACGUCAGCAAGCCUCGGUCGCCAGCGGCUGAUAUGGACAUGGAGAUGGACACGGAGGGCAUCGCCAAGAUUGGUGGCAUUGGAAAGUUAGAGAAACUGCAAGGGUCGCUCGAAUUUCAUGUCCACAAUAAAAACCAUAAAAAUGGACAUACCAUGUUGGAGCUUGGGAAGAUGAACUCUAUUAGCAGGACCCUGAGCAUAAAGGGCGUUCAAGCCGUCCAAACCAAGAAAGAAGCGCAGGAGGCUCGACUUGCAAUAAAAGCAUCUCUCCAAGUCCUCAAGCUUGAUUGGGAGAACGAUGCAGAUGAUCCAUGUAAAGGUAAAGGUAAUGGUUGCCUUCUUGUUCUUGGAGGCCUCCAACCUCAUGCCAAUCUCCGUGAGCUGCAUAUCACGAGGUACCCUGGGAAGAAGCUGCCUGCCUGGCUGUGGCAGAUGACAAACCUGACCAGCCUGUACCUUACCAGCUGCACCUGCUACACGGAACUAAAGUCAGAUGUUGACCGUCUCAAACAAGACUUCCCUCACCUCAGCAUUGUGAUAGACGGUAACCAAGAGUCAACAGCUGCCCUCUUCCGUCAACAGUGGUCAACGGGGCUCUACAACUCGGCCAGCAACCAAUAGUACAGCCCAGACGACGGACAAUCGUCCUGUUCACGCAAAGUGUCAAGCAGCGCGGGAAGCAAGCAUGACCAGGACGAGCACGGUCAAUCGUCCUCCUGUCGGAAUCGAUGAUGUUUAUAUAGCACUGAUGUAUAUGGUCAUGCUUCUCUUGGUGUUUCAUUAUGUGGGAAUCAGAGUUGUUAUUCUCCUACUGCUGUUAAUCUGCCAGUUUCGUUC